GUCAGUGCCUGGUUGCUGGUGCCGUCCGUCCGUCCCUCCGUCCGUUCGGUCGGUCGCGGUCGCUCUCACGUCACGGGCCGCGGGGCCGAGUCGCCGAGUACGUACGCAGCGCAGUAACGCGCCGCGAGGCCAGGCAAGGCGAUCGCGCCGAACGACGGAAGUGCCGAAUCUCGGUGCGAUCCCGCGCACGGCGGACCGCCCGCGGCUUUUUCCCGCGCUCCCUCUCCCCACCCCGCCCCGUACGUCCUGCAACGGAGGACGCUGCGCAGCGUGGGAAAUCGGAGGGCGGGAGGAGAGAGAGCCCUGCCUCGUCCGGAUCACCGAUCCUCCCGCUCGUCGACGCGGACAACGGCGCGAGAGCGCGCAGCCACAGCGCCAGGCCUCGGAAGCAUAUAGCAUGUUGAUGCGUGCGGCAGAUGGACAAAGCUCAAUGUGCUAGAGAACCGCAGUAAUGGAACAGUACAAUGGCAUAAGCGAGGGGGAUAUUAAUAUAAGUGAUAUCCUCGACGUGAUUCAAACCACGGAUCCUGGUUCUAUGGCCACCAUAGCGAUGGACAGCAAGCACGUUCAGCCGCACGUCGAGAUCUUGGAACAGCCGGCCAGUAAGGCGCUGCGGUUUCGCUAUGAAUGUGAGGGCAGGUCGGCUGGCAGCAUACCAGGUGUCAACAGUACACCGGAGAACAAAACCUUCCCUAGUAUACGGAUCAUGGGUUACCAGGGUCGUGCUAUGGUGGUCGUGUCUUGUGUGACGAAGGACGCCCCGUACAGGCCUCAUCCGCACAACCUCGUCGGCAAGGAAGUGUGCAAGCAGGGUGUCUGCACGGUGGAAGUCCCGUCGGGCAACAUGGUCGUCACCUUCUCGAAUCUGGGCAUUCAGUGCGUAAAGAAGAAGGACAUUGAAGAUGCUCUCAGAGUGCGUCAGGAUCUGCGAGUGGAUCCCUUUCGAACUGGUUUCGAGCAUAAGAGACACCCGACCAACAUCGAUCUGAACUCGGUGAGAUUAUGCUUCCAAGUUUUCUUGGAGGGAUCGCAGAAAGGAAAGUUCAACAAGCCGCUACCGCCCAUCGUGUCUGACCCUAUUUACGAUAAAAAGGCAAUGUCGGAUCUGGUGAUUUGCAAACUGAGCCACUGCAGUGCAUCGGUCGCCGGUAGUAUGGAUAUGAUUCUACUGUGUGAAAAAGUCGCAAAGGAAGAUAUUCAAGUGAGGUUCUUCGAGAUGAAGGACGGACAGCUGCUGUGGGAAGGAUACGGCGAUUUUCAACCGACACACGUGCAUAAACAAACGGCAAUAUCGUUCAGAACGCCCAGCUACCGUACGCAGCAAGUGGAACAGCCGGUGGAAGCGUACAUCCAACUUAAGAGGCCGUCGGAUGGUGCUACGAGCGAACCGUUACCAUUUCAGAUGUUACCAUUAGGUACAGGUAGGCCUGCUUUCUGGUCUUUGCGGAAAGCAUUUGCUAGGAAGAAGGCAGAUUACAAUACCUUCAGUAAAAUCUUGUCUACGGAGACUGCUCUUCUUGUCAACGCAGCUCCCAAGUUUUCUCGUAAUAUCGACGAAUUCAACAAUAACGAUCUGGACGCGAAAAGACCGAACGAUAAAAUCUCUGCAUUGCGUGCUCUAAACGAUUUGUAUAACGUAAAGCAUCACGCGGAGCUGUGUAAUGGCGAUUUAAAGGCGUUCAUCAAUUCUGCAAACGUAGAUCAAUUCGCGAAAAAUGCCGUUUUGGAUUGUGAGAAUAAUGAAACGGUAGUCCCGGGGAAAAACGUGGAAAAUAAUAAGGAAAUUAGCAAAUUGUAUGCCUUUAGCGGUAAUAAUGUAGAAAAUAACGCAUUUACUGCCGAUUAUAAAGAAGGGACUGUCGAUGCGAUUCCUUAUGCGAAAUCCGACGCGCACGAAGGCAGUGCGUCCGCGUCGAGAAACGUAGAUAAUUCUAAGGGUAGAGCGGAUUGGUUCGACUAUUCCGAGAUAGGUAAAUGGGUGCAGAAGGGACAGGCGUGCCUUAAGGAGAAGACUAAUGAGACAGACGGUGGCAAUAAAUCGUUUAAUGAAUUUUUGUCGCAAGUAGCCGAGCUCGAUCAAAUUUACGCUGAUACACAUGACAAAUUGGCACAAGCCGCUACGGAGACGAACGCGAUUUCACAAAUGAUGGACGUUGAUGUCUGCGACAAUCAGACUUAUACCAGUUUACAAAUGGCCAUGAAAAACCCGGUAGAGUUGUUCGAUAUUACCGAUGACAGAAAGUACGAGGACGUGGCUGUUCCGAAACAAGAUACGCAAGUACCCGUGGCUUCUCCAACAUUAACAGCUAAGAGAGACGUGAUGCACGAGGCGGAAGAAAGAUUGCCGCCCCUGCCUCCGAAGCGUAUACGCAAAAUGCCAUCGAUGCCUCUCUUACCAUAUCCGAUAUCCGCUCAAACGCUCUCUACCUCCCCUAUCGAGGCACCGAAUAAAAAUUUGCCGUCCUUACCCGGCACGUUGUCGAAGCAGGCGAGGCAAGGGCUGUUUUCGAAAUUAUUUGCUAAAAAGAAUAAAAAAGACAAGUGCUUGGGAUCAGGUCUAAUUCUGAGCAGAGACAGUGAUCCAUCAUUGAAUACUUCAUAUUUGUUGAAGAACACUAUACUACAAGACGCCGCGCAAUCGCAAAGUCCGCGUCCUAGUAUGACGAGUGUCACGAGCGUCAAGUCCCUAAAGUUAGAUGACGAUGAUACACCGCCGUAUGGUGUAGAUUUAACUGAAGCUGAGCACUAUGCUCUGUACACUACUAUGGCACCACGUGCGACUGCCUCAGAAUUUGACGAGUUGUCUUUUUAUUAUAGCCUAGUCGAGGGUGGAAAGAUACUGACAGAAGCGAAAGAGACCUAAAUUAUGUCCAAUUGAUAGGUGUCUUAUUGACCGAUUUCAUACUUCUUCUUUGUUUUUACAUACUGCCAAGUUGAAGCUAUUUGUAUAUGAAAUGACACUGUUUGAGUCUGACCGUCAUUUUAUCUGCCGAGCUGGGAGGAAUAUUUGUAUUGUAUUGCAAUUAUGAGCUUUCAUUACGGUCGGUUCUUGUUGUGAAACAAAAUUUGCAGUUUUGACGCUCGUUUCAGGAUAUAUUUGUAUUUCUAGACCGUAAAUUUUGCCGAAGAACGGGAAAAUCCGGAAUUAUUUCCCCAAGACGUAUUGCCACAUAAAAUGAAUCGAUUCUCGUAAGAUCGACGCAUUUAUCUAAGUGUGCAGAUUUCUAGUCUAAUCGAGGUGCAAUUUGUUGCCUUUUUCUUGAUAUUUCCUAUAUUAACGUUUUUACAGGUGAUUUGUAAGUUUUCGAUAUUGUUAUUUAUUAUGAAAUAACUAACUACUCUUUUCUAGUCGACGCUGUUAUAUUUUCGUAUACUCUCAAUGUACGUUGCUUCACUAUUUGUUGUUAAGUUUUAUAUGAUAUUACGAGUUUACGCAAACGCCUUUUGCUUCUCGUCGUUGUUAUAGACUGCUAAUUUAAAAAAACUGUCUCGACGAAAAUCCUUAGCUCAGUUUAUUCAGAGUUGAAUCUCGUUUUGGAGUAACUUUAUUAGUACACUAGAAGGAAAUUCCUAAGGUUCAAAUACAUGAGGCCUUCUUCAUUCAGAGCAAUUGUACGCGAUGU